UGACCGUUAUAGAUAUUACAAUAGUACUUUGUGAUCUAAUUCUUGAAUCUGCUAUUUUCUUUACUCUUAAUCAGGUAGCCAAGUGUAGUUAGUGCAAGCAGUGCAGUGUGUAAGCAGUGCAAGUAAUUUUAUUACUUAUAUUUUGCGUUGUAUUUUUACCAGCGUUAGGACUGGAGUUGUGAUUGAAGAACAGCAUCAUGGCCAAAGCUAAAUUUAACAAAAAGGUGGGCGUGGUGGGUAUGGAGUUACCGGAGUGCCCUGUGUGUAUGGAGCAAAUGUCGACACCAAUAUACCAAUGUCUGACUGGCCACAGCCUGUGUAACACCUGUACUGUGAAUCUGAUCCCUCCGUUUUGCCCUAUGUGUCGUCAGGCUAUGACGCAGACUAGGAAUUGGCAGCUUGAAGAUAUGAUAGAAAGGGCUACUGUACCCUGCCCUAACAAGUCUGCCGGUUGUGUGUAUACUAUGGUCAACAUGGAGGUGGAAGAUCACCUUAAGGAAUGCAUCUUCCGGCAAAUGGCUUGUCCUCUUGGUUCUGUAUUUGGGAAAUGCUCUUGGUCAGGAAAAUUAAAUGGAAUGCUGGAUCACUUCAAGGAACGUCAUCCGAAAAAUUUAAAUACUGAUGAUGAGAUUACCAUUAAUAAUACUACCAUUACAAAUGACGACCGCCACAUGUAUCUGGUGGACCAAAACAAAUUCUUAUUCAUCAUAUCAUUCAAGAUUGACACAAUGCAGAAAAUGGCAUACUGGGCAGUGCAGCACAUUGGAAGCAAGAAUCUGCACAACAACAUGUUUACGAGGUACAUGUUACAAGCAAUCAAGACCAAAGACGUAAAGUUAUUUACACAGAACAUUGCUUCAACGAUGCUAUAGAAGCCAAUGAAAUAUUUCGAAUGGCUAAAUGUGCCAUUAUGCCUCUUAAUAUGAUGGACCACUUCCUGAAAGAUAAAAGGUUAACAUUUAGCUGCACAAUUAAGAGAAAUCAGCCUGGUUUCAAAAAAGGGACUGGUUCUGCUCCU